ACGUCAGCGUGUUCUCCCGCAUGUUCGUUUCAUUUUUGAAGGUGAAGCGUGUGUUAUCGUGACAGCAGUCCUCCGUACAGAGUAAAGAUGUCGUCCCUGUCUGCCGCCAGCCUGGAGACGCCUGCUGGGACCGGGGGCGCAGAGCAGCAGAAGCCUCUGAAACCAUGCUGCGCCUGCCCAGAGACCAAAAAAGUCAGGGAUGCCUGCAUCAUUGAAAAGGGGGAGGAGAACUGCAGAGAUCUAAUCGAGGCUCACAAAGAGUGCAUGAGGGCUCUUGGAUUCAAGAUCUAACCACUGACUUUUCCUG